AUGACAAGUGAACAACAAAAACGUAUUUUAGUUACGGGUGGUACUGGUCUUGUUGGUUCUGCUAUAAAACAUGUUAUUGAAAAUGAAUCCGACCGAGAAAAACUUAAUGAAGAAUAUUUUUUUAUUUCAUCGAAAGAAUGUGAUUUGAGGAACCGUGAACAAACUGAAGCAUUAUUUAAAAAGUACCAACCAACCCAUGUUAUCCAUUUAGCUGCACUUGUCGGUGGUCUCUUUCGAAAUUUAAGUCGUAAUCUCGAUUUCUUCCGAGAAAAUAUGGAGAUUAAUGAUAAUGUUUUGUCUAUUGCGUAUCAAACAGGCGUUAAGAGAGUAGUAUCUUGUCUUUCAACAUGUAUUUUUCCUGACAAAACUUCUUAUCCAAUUGAUGAAACAAUGGUUCAUAAUGGUCCACCACAUGAUUCAAAUUUUGGUUAUUCAUAUGCCAAACGAAUGAUUGAUGUUUUAAAUAGAGGUUAUGCUGUACAACAUGGUGUCAAUUAUACAUCAAUUAUUCCAACAAAUGUCUAUGGUCCAAAUGAUAAUUUUAAUAUUGAAGAUGGCCAUGUUUUACCAGGUCUUAUUCAUAAAUGUUAUUUAGCAAAAAAAAAUAAUACCCCAUUAACAAUUUGGGGCUCAGGAAAACCAUUACGUCAAUUUAUUUAUUCAUAUGAUCUCGCUAAACUUUAUUUAUGGGUAUUACGAGAAUAUGAUAGUAUUGAACCAAUUAUUUUAUCAGUUGGAGAAGAAGAUGAAGUAUCGAUAAAACAAGCAGCUGAAGCUGUUGUUAAAGCAAUGAAUUUUACAGGUGAAGUUAAGUAUGACACAACAAGAGCUGAUGGACAAUUUAAAAAAACAGCAAGUAAUAAAAAAUUACGUGGUUAUUUACCAGAUUUUAAAUUUACACCAUUUGAAGAAGCAAUUCAAUAUACCUGUGAUUGGUUCGAGAAGAAUUAUGAUAAAGCUCGAAAAUGA